AUGCUGAAGAGGAUGCAAAACUGUUACCAAACUUUUAUUGAAUAUCUUUUCCCUUCUGCGAAGAAAGGGCCUGACGAGACAGAUGACAGUUUUUUUCAUCACAAAAAAAUUCAGGAUUAUGGCGUAGACCUGAGGAACACAGAACUACCAAUAGAGGAAAGAGCCAAAGCUGCACUGAGCAUAGGACUGCUGGCAUAUACAGGUGGGACAAACGCUGCACUGUGUGCAUCAGAAUACAUACAGGACUUGUAUGAUCUAUUCUGCACACAAUCAGUUUCAACAAAAGUAAGGAUCCAUGUACUCCAAGGACUGUCCUGUAUCUGUUAUACAAGUCCUGGCAACCAAAGAAAGGCAAAAGAUUUACAUCUAAUAACCCGUCUUCUUGACCACCUGGAUGAAGAGCAAGAUUCAGCAUCAGCAAAUGAAGGCCUCACGGUCCAGUUCUGGAUCUGCUACCUACUGACAGUUCUUUGUUGUAACAACAUCCCCUGUAUUAUGGCAGUUCACAAAGUAGGAGGUGAAAAGCUAGAAAAGAAGCUGAAAUUCCUGUCUCGUAUGGAUUGGUUUGGCUGGCCAGAUAACUAUGCAGCAGCACUUUUUUCCCUUCUAGGAUUUCAGAGACUACAAAGUAUUUCAUAUGUUUAA